ACACACACAACAGAGUGUGUUAAAAACGCAGAUCAUUGAAGAAAUUCAGGAUCCAUUCCGUCUCUCCCUCUCUCUCUCACGCACUCACACCCGACACACACAGUGUCUUACACUCAAUUGGAGAGAGCGGUUUUUUCCAUUUAAAUACCAUUUACAAACACUCCGACUCCUCCCGAUUUAUCUCCCUAAAAAAACCAAUCAUUUCUUCCUUCUACAAUUAAUCAGAGAAAGCCCUCGUAAAAUCGUUGUAGAAUUCAUUAAAAAAAUCGAUCUUUGAUUGUGCUGAAAGAGGAAGGAGAGCAAGAAGGAAAAGGUUAACAGGAGAGGAAAAUGAGCAGCGCGGAUCUGGUGACCACGAGUUCCAAUGGAAAUCUUGAUGACCAGAUUUCUCAGCUCAUGCAGUGUAAACCCUUGUCCGAGCCUGAGGUUAGGAGUUUAUGUGAAAAGGCGAAAGAAAUCCUAAUGGAAGAAAGUAACGUCCAGCCUGUAAAAAGCCCAGUGACCAUAUGUGGUGACAUCCAUGGGCAAUUCCAUGAUUUGGCUGAACUUUUUCGCAUUGGAGGGAAGUGUCCAGAUACAAAUUAUCUGUUUAUGGGAGACUAUGUUGAUCGUGGGUAUUAUUCUGUCGAAACUGUAACACUUUUAGUGGCUCUUAAAGUGCGCUAUCCACAACGAAUCACUAUUCUUCGAGGGAAUCAUGAGAGUCGGCAGAUUACACAAGUCUAUGGAUUUUAUGAUGAGUGCCUGCGGAAGUAUGGAAAUGCUAAUGUUUGGAAGAUAUUCACUGAUCUUUUUGAUUAUUUUCCAUUGACUGCGCUGGUUGAGUCAGAAAUAUUUUGUUUGCAUGGUGGAUUGUCCCCAUCUAUUGAAACCCUUGAUAACAUAAGAAAUUUUGACCGUGUUCAAGAAGUUCCGCAUGAAGGCCCUAUGUGUGAUCUUUUGUGGUCUGACCCAGACGAUCGUUGUGGUUGGGGGAUUUCUCCUCGAGGUGCUGGAUACACAUUCGGGCAGGACAUAUCGGAGCAAUUCAACCAUAAUAACAACUUAAAGCUCAUUGCGAGAGCUCACCAGCUGGUUAUGGAGGGUUAUAAUUGGAGCCAUGAACAAAAAGUAGUUACUAUAUUUAGUGCGCCGAAUUACUGUUAUCGCUGUGGAAACAUGGCAUCUAUAUUGGAAGUGGACGACUGCAGAGGCCACACAUUCAUCCAGUUUGAGCCAGCUCCAAGGAGGGGAGAACCUGACGUGACCCGGAGAACACCUGAUUAUUUCCUGUAAAUCCUUUUGAUAGUUGCUGACUGCAUACAUGGUGGUGGUUGAUUCUGGUCAUCAUAUAUGUUCGAGGUUAGUCAUGUUUAGCCGCCUGCCAGAGUUCAGUCAGUGGUUGAAGGCCAAAGAGGCGGCGGCUUUGUAGAAUGAUUGAUAGCUGAGGUCCGAACAUCCAAUUGAUUUAAAUUCUACUCUAACCUAGGAGGGUGGAGGAGGAGGCAAGGCUGUGCUGAUGCUGUGUAUUGUAUCGUUUAUUUUUGUUUUUUCUUUCUCUGUUAAUUCCCAUAAUUAUGUGUUUUACUAUAUCUAUAUUUAUGUUGCUCUGAUAAAAUAUUUCAGCAAAAUUGGGAUUGACUUUGAUAUAGAUGAAGAGAUUCAUGCAUGAUUCAGCGGCUUGCUCUUUUUGGGAUC